AAACAACUCGCGGCUUGCCAGCACUUGUUUGUUGUUCAUUUUGCUGAUAAGAUUUGGAUAUUCCUGCACACACACUUAAGCAAUGCAGAUAGAAAAAGAACCAAGUUGAGGAAAAGUACGAAAAAUAGAAUGACCUCCAAAUUUAGAGGCGAUAAACAUUUACAGUUGUUGCGUAAAGAGAAUAGAAAACUCCAUGGUGAUGUAGAGGGGCUAGAGAGUGCCCUAAUUCUCCAUCAGAGAUUCCAGGAUGAAGAAGACAAUGGGGUCCGGGGCCUACUCAGGAAAGAAAUAGGAGGUUCAAGAUGGGAGCAUGGUGGUGUUGGAAAAAUGAACAGCUACAGAGGUGUAAGAGACCUCAAUAAACAGAACUCUGAGCAGAAGAAUGCUGGACUUCUAAAUGCCAAAAAAACUGGAAGUCUAAAACCACAGCAGAAAGGCACCGGCACUAAGAAUCAAGAUAUCGAAAGUAAGCAGCUACAUAAGACAUAUAGUGUCACAGAUAAAACCUCAGAAAAAAUCCUAUCAUCUCCGCUUAAUGGUGAAAAGCCAAGGGAGCAAACUCUGACUAACUGUAAGGAAAGGAAGAGCAAGAAGCAACACAGGGGAGAGAGACAGACAGCCUUAAACAUGGAAACCUUUACUGUUGACAAAAUGUCAGCCAUGAAAGCCAAGGUUUUAGAGAAGGCAAGCUCCAAGGUCAUCUGGAGAAAGAAAGGCUCAAAAACAGAUAACACAGAGAGUGAAUCCAAGUCAGAUAUUCCAGAAACUGAUGGUAAAUCCAAUUCAAAUGUAAAGAAAGAUGUCAAAGAGAGUGAAUUAAAAAUAGUGGCUGGUAAUGUCAGUAAAGAAGGUAACAUCAAAAAUACAGCAGGCAGGGACUUGUUAGCUCAGAAAGGAAAUGUUAAACCUUUAAAGGAAUUGCAAACAGAAGUUAAGAAAGAAUCCCCAAAGCAAACCAACAGAAUAGACCCUGAACUGCUCAGCAAAAGCCAGAAAUCUACAGCAGAAAUGUCAAGUGUUCAUCACAGGCUGGACCCUGUACAGCACAGUAGAGGUGGGAAAUCCACCACAGAAAUGUCCAGUGUUCAUCACACAGAAUCUGUCCUCAAAGAAUCAAACUCACAUCCCUCAAAUUCUAGUCAAAGUCGUUCACAAACUGUGUCACACUCAAAUGAGAAGAUCAGUAGUUUGAGUUUGAGCAAAGUGAAAUGUGAUUCUAGUGUCUAUUUAUGGUUAAGGAGACUUGCACUUCUGGAGGAAGAAAAAUAUGUUGACAUGUUUGCAAGAAAUGAAAUAGAUAUGAGUGUAUUGAUAACACUGGACGAAAGCCAACUGGAGAAAAUGGGCGUUCUUGCACUGGGAGCAAUGAAGAAACUUUUAGUAGGAAUUGAAGAAUUAAAAUCUCAAGAGAAAAAAUAUGAAGUGGAUGUCCAAGAAAAAACUGAGAUAAAAAGUCCUAAGACAAAAAACACAGACAAUAUGAGUUGUAAGGUAUCUGAUGUGCCUAAAAAAUGUAAGAGUGAAAUAAAGAGUCCCAAAAGUGUAGAGGCUGUCAGUGUGAGAGAGUCUUCAAAGUUCGGAACAUCUGACAAAUUAAGAGACGAUAAAGAUGGUUAUCAAGAGCAAGCAUCUGUUAAAGGCAGUGUGUCUGUGAAGAGGUCCCAUAGCGUUAUGUCACAAACUUACACCAAAAAAGAGGCUCAGCAAAUGUUGGGCAGUGAAUCUCGUAGAAAUUUACAGAAAAUGGAGAGGUCAAGUGGAAGACCGAGGGAUGGUUCACUGACCAGGUCAAAACCAAAUAGGGGGGUUCUGAUAGGGGACAGACCACAGAGUGCCAAAGUUAUAAACAGGAAACAAAAUUCUGGACCCAACCUUCCUAGGGCAAAGUCUGCCAGUGUAACUAAUAAGAGGGCAGCAGAAUUAACAAAUAAAAAGGCAGAGGAAGGUAUCAAAGCAGCCAUGAAGAGAAGCCGAGACAGACAGGAGUCACCAGAAGCUAAGUUGUUAAAGGAGCAAAACAAGUCUAACAGGGAUGAAAUGGCAGCCAGGCACCUGGAGAGGGAAAAGAAAAGGAGGGAAGAAUCACUUGAGAUGAGGAAAUUUGAAGAUGAGAAGAAAGAGAAAGAAGAAGAGACAACAGAGGAUGAGGACACACUAGAGGAUCUGGUCAAGGUCAUUAACUAUAGCAACACAGUCAGGUCAAAUCAGGUGGAGGAUUCUGCACAUUUAGGUUCUGUGUUGCCCCAGAGGCAGCCCCUUUAUCGACCCAACCCUUCCAAACCACCCCUAAGACAAAGCAUGGCAAUUUCAGCCAGUUCAUACCUUCAUCAUGACAACCAAAGUGCUAGUUCUCACAGAAAUAUGUCCAGUAGGCAUUCCUACAGUUCAAGGACAAACACAGUCAAGGACAUUGAAAAACAGAUUAAUACACUGACAAAGAAAGCCAUGGCAGGGGACACAGUCACAAUGGAUUUAGUGAAAGAUCUUCAAAAGCGAUUAGAUGAACUAGAAACUCAGAUUAGGAGCCCAUUGGACAGCUCAAGAAGACAAGGUCAUAGGUCAAAGAGCAGAAAUGUGGGCCAGGAAUAUGGGGAUAAUUCAUAUGGAGAGGUGGAUGGAGGUCAGGGGUCAAGCAAACAAACUGGGUCAGGGUCAUGGAGCAAAGAGGACCAGUUUGAAGAACUGACACAAGAGAGGAAGCAACAUCGUAAUGAGCUUCGACAGCUCCAAACUGAGCUGAGUCGAAUCAGACAGACACAUCCGAUUCGUUCUGUGGAAAUCAGUGUCAGGGAUUUAGACUACGAUGUGUCAGAUGUGAUAGGAGAAGGUUCAUUUUCCACAGUUUACCAUGGUCUAUAUCAAGGCUCAGAUGUAGCUAUAAAACAGUUGAAGAUUCCUCUCUCCCCUCAGGACUAUAACUACUUUGCAGCAGAGGUGAACCUCCUGAAGGACUUGAGACAUCCCCGUGUGGUGCUGCUGAUGGGGGUCUGUACCUCUGAACGAGUUCCUCUUAUGGUAUUGGAGUUUAUGGCUAACGGGACACUUCAUCAGAGGCUGCAUGACUCAACCAGCCCCCCUCUGGAUCAUGCUGAGUUUUUUCGCUAUGCUCACGACAUCGCCCUGGGUAUGAACUAUCUUCAUCAACACAAGCCCUCAGUCCUACAUCUAGAUCUCAAGUCAAUGAAUGUGUUACUGUGUGGAGACAACAGGGCAAAGAUUGCAGACUUUGGAUUCUCAAAAUUCAGACAUGAAGCAGAUCAGAGGGCCAGUAAAACCUCCAAAUGUAAGCCAGUCCAGGGCUCCCCCUGCUGGAUGGCUCCAGAACUACUGGAGACAGGGGACAUAACUACAAAGGCUGACGUCUACAGCUUUGCAAUUGUCUUGUGGGAAAUGUUGACCAGGAAACAGCCAUAUGAAGGCUGUUCUGUAUAUCAGAUUCUGGAGAAGGUUCGUACAAACAAGAGACCAGAUAUCCCAGAGUGUUGUCCUGCACAGCUGGCCAGCUUCAUCAAGAAAUGCUGGGAUCCUCUCCCGACGAGGAGACCUCCAUUCAGGGACAUCCUGGUUAAACUGGACAAUAUGACCUUCCCCCCAGAUUGGCAGGCGCUAUUUAAGGAGGCAGGAAUUCCCCCUGUGGCUUUAGAAGAUGUCCAGUCAGCACGCACCAUUAUCAGUCUAGUCAGCAACACCCUGGAUACAGAAAACGUACGCACACUUGUUCAGGAUAUUCGAGUGUCACAUGACAGUCAUGUGCCAACAACAGAAUGUCUUACCCUGUGUAUCCCUGAUGACAGCCCCACUCCUCGUCCAAGAUCAAGUCUGGAUUCUGACACUUCAGAUGAGAGUUUCAUAUUUCCUGAUGCCUUAACUGAAAAUAAAUUGGGUAUUCCAUCUCCAAAGCCUGAUCAGGGAGUGAAUAGUAGUGUUGAUUUAAGUCUGAAUCUUAAGGCUCUGGAAAGUGAGAGCUCUCCUGCAAUACCUGAACCAGCUAAAACCAUGGAAAAGAAUUCAAAGAACAAUUCAAAAUCACCAACAGAGAAACAGGAAACAGCUUCUCCAAAAUUCAGUGUCAGCAGGCUUUCCUUAGACUGUGAAACUCUAGAAAAACAAAAAGAUAAACUAAGAGCCUCAACUGACAGAAAUUCUGCUAGAAGACAAAAUCCAACAGAAAAGACUCCAGAAAAUGUGUCAGAAAAGAAGAGGGUUAAUAAUGAAGAAAGAUCUGCCAAAACUCCAAAGCCAACUCCAAGAUCAUCAAAAAGUGCUACACAUUGUUCACUUCAGGAUGAACUUAAGCUUAGACUUGGUAGUGGAGAUACACUGAAAUCAAGCACCCACCAGACACAAGUGACAAACAAAUCUAAUUCUAGUCCAAAAGAGAAGGACAGUGGUUUAUCACCAAUACGUGACCCCAAAACAAAAGUAUCAGAGACUCUGAAGACCUCCCCAGAAGCUGGUGUGUGUACAAUGUCGAGUGUUGCAAUUGAGGAAGAGAGUGAGGAUAUUCCUGAGGAGAUUGAGGAGGCAGACAGCAUUGAUGAGGAUAGUUUAGAGGAAAUGCCAAUGAGGGACAGCCUGGAAACAGACCGAGGACUAUUAAAAAAUGAAUCUAAUUCCUUCACAGUGGUAGCAGACACCAACAUGAAAGGGAAUGGUUCAGUCAGCAAAAGCAAAAAUGGAUCAAUCUUAGAUGAACUUAACUCCAAGUUUUAUGAUGCAAAGAAGGUGAAAGUGAUAGGGGAACAGACUGGUGCCCCUUUGUCCUUGGGAACAGCCAGGCAGAGUAUUGAGGCAUGGGUUGAUGAAAAAGAACGAAUUGAUAGUGCUAGAAGUGACCGCUCCAGAAAAAGAACACCCCCUUCACAAACGAUGCCACCCCCUAUAUUGAUCCCAGAAAACCCACCACCACCACCUCCCCCUCCUCCACCCCCACCUUUUCCUGUCCAGAAUUUACCAGGACCAUCUCCCUCCUCACAGACAGGAUUCUCAGUUGUCUCCCCUUCACAAUCCCCCCUAAAAGCUACAUUUCCUUCGUCCACCUCCCCACACCGUAAGCAGCCUUCAAAAUCUGAGACACAGCUCAGAACUAAAUUCAAUUCUGAAAACACUAGAUUUAUGUUGAAAUCCGUUGAACUGCGAGAACAGAGGGAAAUGCUUCAGCCAACAGAUGAACCCCAUCCUUAUCAACUGCAAGAUCUGAGCCAAGUCAGCAAGGGCACAAUAUCAUCUAUAGCAGAAAUCCUCAAACAGGCUGUUUCCAGUAGAAGAGUAGCAAUGAAGGAAGACACACAUAGUCCCACCCACUCUGUGGCUAGUAGCUGGUCUUUUGUGGAUGAUUGACAGCAUUAAACGUACAUAGCCCCACCCACUCUGUGGCCAGAAGUUGUCUUUUUUGGAUGGUUGAUGACAUCAGCAUUACAUUGCCAGCUUAGAAUAUGCUCUCAUCACUUAAACACUUUUAAAUGUAGAAAUA